UUAAUAGAGAAAUUGCUGGUGGUCAGACAGUGUGCUGCGUGGGCUGGUGCUCAGUGGGAGUGGCUACCACUCAUAUGAUUGUGGUGAAGCGAUUAGUUGGAACUCUCCAGCUCAGCUCGAGAGUUACACUGUGCUUGCGCAGUCGUCCUUGGAGUCUUCCUCCGAAGAACCCAUGUUUUCACGUCUUUCUUUUGAGUGUGUCCUGCUGCUGUUGCUACUUCUGCUUACAAGGUCUUCGGAAGAGGCGCACGUAGUGGAGUUGGGCCAGGAUGCCCAGCUGCCCUGCACAUACCGCCUGCCCACCCCGGGGCAUCUUGUGCCUGUGUGCUGGGGCAAGGGAGCCUGUCCUGUGUUAGACUGUUGGAACGUGGUGCUCAGAACUGAUGAAAGGGAUGUGACAUUUAGGAUAUCCAGUAGAUACAUGCUGCAGAGAGACUUCUCCAAAGGAGAUGUGUCCCUGACUAUAGUGAAUGUGACUCUUGAUGACAGUGGAACCUACUGCUGCCGGGUCCAGUACCCAGGCCCAAUGAAUGAUGGCAAAUUCAACAAAGAGUUGGUUAUCAUACCAUUGAAGGUCACUCCUGCUCCGACUGCACAGAGAGACUGGACUGCUGCCCUUCCGAGGAUGCUUACGACUGAAGGAAAUGGCUCAGAGACACAGACCCUGGGGAUUCACCACAGGAAAAAUCAAACACAAACGUUCAUACUGGCUAAGGAAUUCCAAGCUUCUGGAGCAACCACCAGAAUAGAUGUCUACAUUGGAGCAGGAGUCUCUGCUGGUGUCACUCUUGUGUUUAUUUUUGGUGCUUUAAUUCUCAUGUGGCACUCUCACAGGAAAAAUAACUUACAGAAUGCAAGCCUCAUCACUCUGGCCAACCUUCCUCCCUUGGGAUUCGCAAAUGCAGUAGCAGAAGGGAUUCGCUCAGAGAACAUCUACACCAUCGAGGAGAACGUCUACGUCACCGAGGAGAACGUCUAUGUCACUGAGGAGAACGUCUACACCAUGGAAGAGAACAUCUAUGAAGUGGAGGAUCCAAAUGACCACUACUGCUCUGUCAGCAGGGGGCAGCGAGCCUGAUUACCUCUGGCUUCUUACCUUUUCAUGCUGUUGAUGUCAGCUCCUUCAUUCACCUUGGUAUUGUCCUUCUCAAAAUAGCUAAGUGACUGGUUUUGCAGGUUCUACCCACAGCCUCCUGAAAGAGUUCCAAUUUCGGAAGAUAAUGAGCUCCCAUGGGGAUUCAACUGUGACCUAUCCUGAACAUAGGUGCAUCAUUACCUCCAUUUUCUAGCCACCGUGGCUACCCAGCGCAGAGCCUGCUACCUAUGGGCUUUAGACCUCAAAAGUAAUUUUAUACAGAUUAAGAAGCUUUUGUUUUGUUAGGGUGUGAACCUAAGGUCCUGCUCUUAAAAACAUUUCUAAAAAUUUUAUUUUGAGACAGAUUGUUGAUAAAUCACCAAAUUGCCCAGGCUGGCUCAGUCCUUCUGCCUCAGUCUCCCAGAGUGCUGGUAUCAAAGGCAUAUGCCAUGUGCCUGACUAGGAAUUCUUGAUACGAGGUCUCUGGAGCUCCAGGAAAGUCAGGCAUGUGAUGUAUCUAUGCAGCUCCUGAAAAUAAGGAAAAUUAUACGCUGAGAUACACGCAUGGCUUUCUUUUGGAAUAAAAUUCCUAAAGGGACCACUGAGUUUCAUUAGGUCUGUGAUCCUUCAAGGGUUCAGCAGGACUCCAUGAUCUUAAAACUUCCCUCUGAGUCUCAGAGCUCGUGCUUAUUUGAAUGCUGGGUCUCGUAGAGUGAGCACCUCUGUGCAGCUCUCCUGCCUCCAUGAAGAAGCCACUCAGAAGAUGUGUGGACAGAGCUCCAUGGACAGAGCUCCUGGGGACAUGAAUCACCUUUUGUGUUUGUGGCCAAAUUGUGCUUGUGUCCUCAUGGGGAGCUAGCUCCUCUUCCCUCCCCUCCCACUUCUUCUGUUCUCUACUCUUUUCUUCCUCUUUUUCUUUGUUUUCUUUCCUUUUGUGGCAAAACUGUGUUUUUCACAAAAGAACCUCCAGUGUCUGGGUGCACAUUUCUCCUGGUGGGAAGAGGGCAGAGGCGCCCAGGACUCUAUACUGUCAGCUUCAGUUCCCUUGGUGGAAGACAGUGGUCCCUCCGUGUAAAUCUCAGGAUGAUGGGUCUGGGUCUGUGUGCUUUUUGCUGACUCUCCAGCACUCGCCUGGUUCUCUUGCAUAACAGAGACUGACUGACUGUCUUCAGAAUGAAGACUUAAAUAAGCAGGUUAGCUUUCCCAAAAGAUGUUUCCAUUGAAGAGCUCAGAAAGAGCCUGACUCUUCACUAGUGCCCACAUCUGCUCGCCUCCCUCUUGAGGUCCCCGGCAGGCUAGCACUCUUUUGCCUGUUUCUUUUCCUCUGGGGAGACCUCCUUAACUCAUGAAGAAUAAUCAACACUGUGGCCCCAGCACUGCCUGAACACUGCACCUCUCCAGCUGAUGGCUCCAUUGCUCCUGUAGUGCUUGCAGGAGACGCUGGUCCUCUGGGAUGAGAUGGCCUGUAUGUUUCCAGUCUUCCUGGCUGACUAGGUAUGAAUUUUGCUGUGUGGGCUGCAUCUAGGUGUUAGGGGAGGGCACUGGCUUUCUCAAGGAAGACAGUUGACGGAGAUCAUUUUAUAAAGUCUCCUGCAGGCAGUAGUUCUCACCCAGGCUGAAAAAUCAGUCACAACCUUUUUAAUGUCAUCGAAUUCUAUUGGGAAGGGUCUUCAGAACAUGUUUGGGUGAGAUCAAUGGUUUGCCUCAAAAGUGAUCCUAAUCUUACAACAGUCUUUAAACGAGGAUGUAUAUGCAAAGAUGAUCCCUGCAAUGGACCUUGUAAGAGACUAUUUUACAUUAAUAGGGGGAUACUGGUACGGUUCAAAAAAGCUAGGUGAUGCUGGGCAUGGUGUCUCGAACCUGUAAUCCCAGCACUUGGGAGGCCGAGGCAGGAGGAUUGCUACAAGUUUGAGGCUAUCCUGCACUACAGAGCUAGCCUGAACGACUGUCCUUGGCAAGACCCUGUCCCAAAAAGUUCAAAAAAAGUUGUUGAAUAAAAAGAAUGAGGUGGUUUUAUUUA